GACGGUUUCAAUUGAUUUUAUGGGGGUUUUGUUUUUCAAACAAUGCUUCUUUUGUUUCUUGUAUGAACCGGUGUCAUCGAUGAAAACCAUGUAACCAAGAUCAGUACCCUCUCUUAACGGAGAUAAAGUCAAAACAUAUUGCUAAUUGCAGAGGUAAGUGCACACUCUAAUGCAGUCAAUGUCCUCUAUGUUCCUCAACUUCCUUCUUCUCUUGGCCUUCUCCCUCUUCUUCCUGGCCUUCCUCAACCACCUCACAGCCUCAUCGCCACCCACUUCAACCUCUCUCUUUCCCAAUGAAGCCCUCCCCACCAAAACUGGCUACCUCUCGGUCAAUCCUGCCGACUCUAGUUCUGCCAUGUUUUAUGCCUUCUAUGAAGCUCAGAACCCCAUUUCACCGCUCUCCCAAACACCACUUAUCAUAUGGCUCCAGGGCGGCCCUGGCUGCUCCUCCAUGUUUGGCAACUUCUUCGAGCUCGGCCCUUGGCGCGUGACAUCUCGCAAAGCCAGGUCUGAAACCUUUGUACUUGAACCAAAUCCGGGCUCUUGGAACCGCAUAUUCGGCCUUCUUUUCCUGGAUAAUCCGAUUGGAAGCGGGUUUAGUAUCGCUUCCGCAACCGAAAAUAUCCCAAGAGAUCAACUUUCUGUUGCCAAACAUCUUUUUGCUGCGAUCACUUCAUUUAUUGAGUUAGAGCCGUCGUUCAAGUCUCGUCCACUUUACUUUGCAGGAGAGAGCUAUGCCGGAAAGUACGUUCCAGCAAUUGGGUACUAUAUCUUGAAGGCGAAUGCUAACUUGCCGGUGUCACAGCGGGUGAACUUGGGUGGUGUUGCUAUCGGGAACGGCUUGACAGAUCCGAUGACUCAGGUUGCUACUCAUGCUGCGAAUGCUUACCAUUCUGGUUUGAUAAAUGAGAGGCAGACAAGUGAGCUGGAGAAAGCGCAGCGGGAAGUGGUCAAACUGACCAAAAUGGGGAAGUGGAAAGAGGCUACAGAUGCUAGAACCCAGGUCUUGCUUAUGUUGCAGAGAAUGACAGGGCUGGCGACUUUGCACGACUUUAGCAAGAAGGUUCCUUAUGAAACAGAAAUGGUUUUUGCCUUUUUGAGGAAAGAAGAGGUGAAGAAGGCUUUGGGAGUAAAGGAGUCAAUGGCUUACGAUGUAUGCAGCGAUGAUGUGGCGGCUGCUUUGCAUGAUGAUUUCAUGAAAAGUGUGAAGUUCAUGGUGGAAUUUCUGCUGAAGGAGAGCAAGGUUUUAUUGUAUCAAGGGCAAUUCGAUAUGAGGGAUAGUGUGGUUUCAACUGAGGCUUGGGUGAAGACGAUGGCGUGGGAGGGGCUCAGUCAGUUUUUGAUAGCAGAGAGGAAGGUUUGGAGAGUAAAUGAAGGGCUUGCUGGGUAUGUGCAAAAAUGGGGGAAUUUGAGUCAUGUUGUGGUUUUAGGAGCCGGACAUCUUGUGCCUACUGACCAGGCAUUGAAUUCUCAGGCAAUGAUAGAAGAUUGGGUUUUGGAGAGAGGGCUGUUUGGCUAUGAAGAGGAAGUAUCGUCUUUUUCUUCUCUGUUUGAUUAGUCGGAUUUGUCAUCAGAUUCUGGGGUACCCAUUUUGUAGCUAUGAAGAAGAGGAUUGGUCAUCAGAUUUCCGUAGUUCAACGUAAAAUUCGUUGAUCAGUCUCUUCUUCUUUUGGUAGAAAUGGAGGAAUUUCAGUAAAUGCUUCAAAUAAUGAUCAAAACUGGGAUGUUGAGCACGCAUCUAUAUCAUCGAAUAAAUUCCAACACUCCGCAUACCAAUCGGUGAAAUCUGACUUAUCAGCAGAAUUGCAAUCCCAGCCCAUGACUUUGUACAUGAAAUGUCCAUUAAUGCUAGA